UUUCGCCUUGAGGGUAUCUCCAGUUUAAUUACACUGGUGACGGGUCAGAAAAUCGAUGGGACAGAAAGGAAUCGUGACUUUUUUGCCAAUCUGUUCCGUACGUGACACAUUCCUCGAAUAAGAAACGUAUACACGGAAAGACUCUAUCCAGCAUCGAGUCGGCUGUCUGGUUUUACUUCGAAGGAAAAUUAAUGCGAAAACCUACUGUCUCACGAAGAACCGGUAGAUCCUAUGUCGCUAAGGCCGUUGACUAUUUCUAAUGCUAAUAGUGCAUUCGUAUUUAACGGUGACAUGUUCUACAUAGUCAUAGUUUACAUGGAGGUGGAUUACCAGGCGGCGAGGUGAGAGGUCUCGCUAGUAAUUUAGCGAAUGGCCGAGCAGCGGCGCUGUCUUUGGUGCAAGCCCGCGGUUUUGCCAUGUCCAGUUGGAUACUUUACGAGUUCCCCUGUAUGGUCAUGAACAUGGGAGACCAUAGCACACCAUGCUUUGCUUUGACAGCGGCGAAAUGUUUAUUUAAUACAUGGAAAUUCCCGAUUCUCCAGUUCGCAAAGAUAUACAUGACCGUUUCAGUCUCAUUGGCCCGGCCCACACAAAUCCUUUCAUUUUUUUUUUUUUGUCAUGCUUUCUUCAUCGCUCGUACAUUCUCGAACGCGUGUUCGAGAGCAGAGGAUCGAAUAAAGUGGAUCACCUUCCUGGGGCUGACCUAACCCGUUUGCGGCGUCAAAUUAUCCUGUUGUCGGAUUUGUAUCAAGAUUCGAGCUUAACGCUCUUUGAUCUUCCGAAGCUUGGCGAACCGUGUCCAGAGGACAUACGCUGGAAUAUGAUAUUCACCGGAGGGCAAGAUCAAAGAACCUUAGCAAUGACAUUGAACGAGCAUCAGCAGCAUCGACGGAGAGGUUCGGUGGCAGCUGCACCUGCACCACUCCGAAGAACUACCGGCCCCGUCCUCGUUCGAGCGUUAGACGUCCGAAACUGGAGCACCGAGAGCGAUUUCGUCGAAUCUAGGAAAGUGUACAUUAUCGAGGAGAAUAAAAAUCAGCCACAAAACCCGUGUCUAAUUAGUUGCUAUAGACGGUUGGGACUCUUCUGGAAUAGUAUAGGUCUUCGAAUGUGCCUCUUCGUGACCAUUGUGACUUCGUUUGCAGGCGAAAUUAGCGGUUAGAACGUUCUAGAUGGGACUACGAGUCGUCUACCUUUGAUCCAGUACCUGAAACCUUGAUCGUUUUCUGAAAAGGACAAAUUAUUUUUCUCGGUACUUUGGCAAAAGUAAUACGGUUCAAUGUACGAAAAAUGAAGAUUCCGCGAAGACUGAAGGUAUUUUAGAU